AUGGUUUGCAGUUUCUUUCCUCCAGGGGGUGCAUUGGAGUUGAGUCCUACUGACCCUCGCUGGGUCGGUGCAUGGUGGAUGGGUUUGCUCAUCACUGCUGGAGCUCUCGUUGUUACCUCCAUUCCUUACUUUUUCUUUCCCAGAUCCCUUCACGUGGAGAAGAUUUUCAAACCGGAUGCUGAAAUCAUGAAAGAUGCCCACAACAAGACAGAGAGCUCCAUGCUGGAUUUCUUAAAAAUGUUCCCGAAGAUGCUUGUUAAGCUUCUGCUGAGUCCGCUCUUCAUGCUGCUAGUUCUGACCCAGUGCUGUUUCUCCUCUGUGAUCGCGGGACUUGCUACCUUUCUCAACAAGUUCCUGGAAUGCCAGUACAGUGCCUCUGCAGCCUAUAGCAGCCUUCUUAUUGGUGCUCUUAAUCUACCUUCUGUUUCUGUGGGAAUGGUGCUCGGGGGACUUGUUAUGAAGCGCUGGGGCUUGUCAUUCAGAACCAUUCCACGUUUCUCUGUUGCAAUGCUCACCAUCUCCAUCAUUUUCUGUGUACCUCUCUUCUUCAUGGGCUGCUCCACGCAAGAUGUUGCUGGUGUUUAUCCUAAAACAUAUAAUGGCAAUAAUGGGCUGCUGCUAUCCUGUACUGCCAACUGCUCCUGCCCCAGGAGUGCCUUUAACCCAGUGUGUGGAGAAAACCAUAUUGAAUACGUCUCACCCUGCCAUGCUGGCUGUACAAACUUCACCAUGGAUCCUAAGAACCCAUACAGAGUCCAUGUUUUCAGUAACUGCCAGUGUGUUCCUGACAUGGGCACUGCCAAGCCUGGCCCUUGUGCUAAUACCUGCCCUCACCAUCUCCUGCCAACAAUGUUUCUCAUCUCUCUGGCUGGGCUCAUUGCCAGCCUAACACACAACCCUAUCUACAUGAUGGUGUUGAGAGCAGUUCCUGCUGAAAAGAAGUCUUUUGCCAUAGGUGUUCAAUUUCUGCUUCUGAGGGUGCUAACUUGGUUGCCUGCUCCAACCCUGUUUGGAAUGACCAUAGACUCCACAUGUAUCUGGUGGAAAACUGCUUGUGGUAAAAAGCAAGGCUGUGGUUACUACGACAACAAUCUCCUCAGGAACAGGUAUCUAGGACUUCAGGUGAGCUAUAAGACAUUAGGCAUUAUUCUAAUGGCAUUUAUUGGCUGGAAAAUGCACCGGACCAGAGAGUACAGUUUAGAGAAAAGGGACGAUGGACCACUGUGAUGCCUAAAACAUACAUGUGAAAUUUGAAGUCCAGAGCUAGCCUACAGUCUACAGUCUUGCUUGUGGAAAGAAGAAUCAGCUUGCAUACUUAUUUCCCCCUACAAGAGGAGACGAGAUGGCCAUAACAUGACAGAUUUGGAUACUUGAUUUACUCGAUUUACUUUUUAUUUUGUAAUAUAAAUACAUAUUUUCUAAAAAGCUAUGUAUAGAGCUAUAUUGGGCAGUUCUGCAAAGUGCAAAGCUAUAUAGUGCUGUUCUCUAGACAGUUAUCUACAACGUUUGAAAAAAUAUGUAGCUUAGUUCUGCUGAAUUAAGGAUUAUGGCACCUAAAUAAAAUGUCUGUACUAUUCUUUGGUUAGUAUUUAAAGAGAUGCAAAUUCUGUCAUGAAUUACUCAUUCUCUAGUUGUUUCAAACCAAUAUUUUCUUUUGUUUGGUUAAACACAGAGAAAGAUAUUUGGACGAAUCCUUGUAACCAAACAGUUCUUAAACCCCAUUAACUAUCAUAGUAGGAAAAUAACAAUGGUAGUCAAAAGUGCCCCAGAACUGUUUGUUGUCUAACAUUCUUCCAAAUAUCUUAGUAAAUAUCUGUUGAACACAAACAGAUAUAAAUAAAUUUUUCCUACUAUGGUAGUUAAUUGGGUCCAAGAACUGUUUGGUUGUAAGCAUUCUUCCAAAUAUCUUUCUCUGUGUUCAUCAGAACAAAGAAAUGUAUACAGAUUCAGAAAAACUUGAAGGUGAGUAAAUGACAGAAUUUUUAUUUUUGGAUGAACUAUGCCUUAAAUACUUGGUUAAUAUACUUUUUCUUUUUUUGAGACUAUGCCAAAGAUGUUGGAUGAUUUGUAUGCACAAACACACAUAUGGUGUGUAAUCAAUUGUAGCCUGUGUAUAUGGGACCAAAUGUUUGUGAAAUAUUUUUUUAAAUCUAAUUUUAACAUUUAAAUAUACCCUUUAUAUAUCAUUUUUAUCAUGGUUCUUAAUCACAUUGAUACAAUAAUCUUAUUAUCACUGCUUAGCAUAACAAAGAGUGUCUUGUUGUGCAAUAACUUUUGUAUAACAAUGUAUUAGGGAUGUAACAAUAUUACUGAUAUCAUGUUAUCACAAUAGCAACAUUAUCUCAAUAUUAUUGUGGUCACAUGACUGUAUGAAACGAUAGGUCUUCCGGGCCUAACAUAGAGACUGUUAGAAAAAAUAAUAGAUGCUACCUUUGGCAAGGUCCAUCUGGUGAAAUUAUUUUAUUUUAUAAAAGGGAUUUUAAGUCAUUUGACCCAUUUCAUACUAUAACUCACACCUCUAAGCAACAUUUAUGAUUAGAGGAUAAAGAAAAGAGGAUGCUUAUGGCAUGUUUCAAAGUCAUCAUUUGUCAUUUUAAAUAUUGCAAUAAUUAUCAUACAGUGGACGUUAUACCGAGUUAUUAUCGCCCAGUGAGAUUUUGAUAUUGUCACAUCCCUACAAUGUAUGCAAGUUUUUUCAGAUAUAAAUUGUAUUCACAAACACCAAACUUUUUAAAUGGUCUUUUUUACGUACUUCUGCACAUUUUAACAUACAUUUUACAUCUUUCAAGCAUUUUAUUAACUUGCAAAUCUACAGAUGCUGAUGCAAUCCACGUGACACAACAAGAGUGGAAUGUAAAUAACAAAGACAACCAUGUCAUAGCUGUGACUACUGCAUUCUGCACCUUGUACCAAGACUUGCGUAGCAUGCUCUGAUAGGAAAAGUCUAAUUUUCCUAAUGUUGUACAGGACAAAUCUACAUGACCGGGUCGUGCUAGAAACAGGAUCUGUGAAGCUUAGCUGAUCAUCAAUCACACUGUCAUGAUCCUGCCUCUCCGUGUCUUGGUUUUCGAGUCUUGUUGCAGGAUCAUGUCCGACCCAUGUGUUUUUUUGUGGAGAAAGUUCAUGACAUUGUUUUGGUUUUGUAAUGCUGUGUUCUCUCUCCGGUGUCGCGUCUUUUAGCCCCGCCCCCUUGUUUCUCCUUCAGCUCCCUAUUAGUGUUUCAUCCCACUCACCUGUCUACCCAGUUUCCCCAUUAGUGUUAUCCUUGUCACCUGCCCGUCACUGGCCUUUUGUCAUUUUCCCUCGUUAGUAUUCCCUUUAUAUUCCCUUUGUAUUCAGUCUCCCCUUGUCUGUUCAUUCCUUUACCCUGCCCUUCCUCUCCUCGUAUGUGGAUUACCGUGUUCCUGUUUUUGCCGUGUCCCAGUCGUGUUAUUGGACUUUUUAUUUGGAUUCUCUUGGACUUUGUUUGUUUGUCCCUUGAGGUUGUUUUUCUUUUGAGUUUUUGUUUUGAUUUUUAUCGUGUUUUCCCUGUCGUGGGUUUUUGUUUCAUCUUUAAAUAAAUAUUUUCUGUUAACCCUUUGUCUGCCUUAUCAAUCGUGACACACACUCCGAGGUUGGAAGAUGUAAUAGUUAAGGAACCUAGUUGAAUGGUGAGGUUGUGAUGAAUCUUUGGGUCUGCCAAUAUUAAAAGCAGUUCUGUCUUUGCAAGGUUCAGUUGCAAGUGAUGGUCCUUCAAAAAAUGAAGCAAAAUCUUUAGCCGUAAAAGUGUUUUUUUACGGGGUGCAUGAUUGUGAUACUACAAUUCUGGCCAUUAAAAGUGCGCAAGAAAGAGAACACGAUCUUCCAGCAUACCACACUUUGCAGUGGUGUGUGUGUAGUCAGCCAAGCGGCACUUGUGCCUUAAGAUCGUUCACAGUCGUUCACAUUCACUGAUUUCUGCAGCUUUAAAUAACACGAGAUGCGACUGCUUGCACCAGGAUGAAAGUAAAGGGGCAUCUAUCACUUUGCCUUAUGUCGUGAUUCUGCCUUAUCUUGUCAUGUCUUUCUUGAUCUUGUGGCAGAAUCACGGCAGGAUCCCUUGUUUAAUGUGGAGAGAGAAAUUUUGGCCUUCCACAUCCUCUGUCACUCCAGUGUCGCGCCUUUGUCCCCGCCCUCUUGUAUCCCUCAUUAUUGCUUGUUAAUUAGUUCAUGCCCCGCACCUGUCCCUUCUUGAUAUUCUCCCCUUUAUAUAGUCCUCUUGUUCCAUUGUCCUGUGCUCAGUCAUUGUUUGUUUGAGAGUGUUACUCUCUGUGCAUCAUCGUGUCUUUGUGAUUACCUGUUCCUGUUGUUGAAGCUCCUGUCAGUCUAGUAAGUGUCCAGUUUAGUUUAUGUCUAGUGUUGUUUAUCUCAGUUUAGUGUUAGUUAGUCUACGUCCUGUUAUUAUCCUGUUACACCCCAUCGUGGGUCUUUGUUUUGUGUUUCUUGUAAUAAAUACCCUUUUUGUUACCCCUGAACGCUGCCUGUAAUUGGG